UUUUAAAAAUUUGUCUUCCUUCCUUCAAUCCCUAGCUCCUGAAAAACCUAAUUUUGAUCAAGUGAACGAAAGAUGGCUGCCGCUAAUCUUCCCCUUUUAUUAUUAUUAUUAUUGCUGCUCUCUGAUUUCUCCUCUUCAGUGCUCGGCGAUCAGCUGAGCGCCAAGGACUGCGAGAAUCUAGGGUUUACAGGUCUCGCUCUCUGCUCCGAUUGCAAGUCCUUUUCUGAGUACGUCAAGGAUCAAGAGUUGGUGUCAGAUUGUCUCAAGUGUUGCACUGAUGAUUCUGAUGAUUCCAUGAGUAAGGUUACAUUCUCUGGUGCAAUUUUAGAGGUGUGUAUGAGAAAGCUUGUGUUCUAUCCUGAAAUUGUAGCAUUUAUUGAAGAAGACAGAGAGAAAUUCCCAGUCGAAGUUCGUUAUGCUUAUGCUUCCCCACCCAAGCUUGUAUUGCUGGACGAAGACGGCCAAGACAUUGAAUCAAUUAGAAUUGACAACUGGAAGCGUGAACAUAUUCAGCAGUUCCUGAAGGAGAAGGUGAAGAGCCCUGGUUCAUCAUCAAUCUGAGAAAAUGGCCGAGGACCCCUUUUCCUUCUGUUGCAUCCAAACUUCUCGUUGUGUCAGAAUUUAUGAUCAAAUUGUAUCACAAUCAUUCAAACUCACUUCUAUUAGCUGAAUCUUUCAAGCUUCGCUCUGUAAUAGCAACACUUUUGAUUUCCUUUGUUGCUAGAACUAGAAUUAAAGAAAGUAACGUGAUGGUUAAAUUUUAGUAUUUUAAA